ACGUGCCAGGAACCGUGCUAAGUGCUUUACCACUUCUACAUUAUCACAACCUAUGACACAAGAACCGUUAUCCCGUUUUACACAUGAGAAAACUUAGGCUAAGACAAGUGACACUGCCCAAGGCUACACAGCUUGCAAGUGGUUCCAAACCCUUGGGCUUCAAUUCCGACUGACAGCCUGGCUCUCCAGGCCGACGCACAACCCACAGGCUAUCUCCCAGGAAACUGAGUUCGCCCCGCCCCCGCCACGCCUCACUUCCGCUCCUGCGCGCUGUGGCUCUAGUGAACCAAGCUGUCUGGAGGACAUGGCCACUUCUCGCUUACCCCCAGCGACGCUAACGCUAAAGCAGUUCUUGAGAAGGCAACAAGUCCUCCUCCUCUACAGAAGGAUUUUACAAGCGAUUCGGCAAGUUCCAAAUGAUCCUGAUCGCAAAUACCUGAAGGACUGGGCAAGGGAAGAAUUCAAAAGAAACAAAAAUGCCACAGAAGAGGAUACAAUCCGGAUGAUGAUCACACAAGGCAAUAUACAGCUUAAGGAGUUACAGAAAACACUUGCUUUGGCAAAAUCUUAACUAUAGCAUUGUUCUGAAAGA